CCUCCCUUUUUCCAUCUCUCUUCCUCCUCCCUCUCUCUACCACAUUUCCAUCUCUCCCUCCCUCCCUUUGCCAUCUAUCUUCCUCCUGCCACCUUUCCAUCCCUCCCCACUUUACCCUCUCCAUGUAUCUCAUUUCCAGCCCUUAGCCCAGACCCGCCUAGCUCUAAAAGCAACCAUGCAGUCUCAUAGUGUGUGUUGACUAAUGCUUGAAAGUGUGGUUUCCUAUUUGGAUGAGAGGCCAAUUUGUUGUGGGUUUUUUUGGGUUCUUACUGCACAUAAAUCAUGUCUAGGUCAAAGUCUUGGUCAUCGGACAAGGAGUCACCAAGCAGUGAUUGGUCCAGCAGUGACGAAGAUGAUGAUGAUGGAGAUGAAGCUCCUCUGCGUCCCUCCACCCACUCUGCACUCCAGGCUCAGUGGGAGUGGAGAACCAUGGCUGACUCCUUUCCUGACAAUUCUCCAAUGGGAACAGGCCACACCCCCAAGAAGAAGCCACCACCAAUAGCUCCCAAGCCGAGAGUAUCGUGGACUCACUCGUCACCCACCACUGACCUCAACUACCAACUGAUAGAAGACCCUUCUUCCUUCUCUCAGGUCCAGGUUAUUUUCUUCUUCUCCAAUUUUGACCAAUGCUCGUAUUAUUCAAUAGCUUCAAACAACAUUCAAAGAGCCAUUCAUGAAUGCAACUCAAAUUUGAGUAGCCAACAAAAAAACAUAUCCCAGUAUUAAUAAUCAUGAUAUAAUGGGCCUUAUCAUUGAUUGGUGAGUGAAUGCGAGUGCGAAAUUUCAGCUGUUUAUCUGUGUUGCUUUUCAGUAUUGGUGCAUGUAUUUCAGAUAUACUAGAUAAAAUUGCUCAAUUCAGACAGGUAGGCUCGCUUUGUUCGCCAAUCAUGUUAGAAAUUUGAUGACAGAUAUGACAUUUCCCCCAUGCAGGCAACUCAUGUCAGUGACCUGACCUCUCUGACCUCCAGUUUUCCUAGACCCAGGGGACCACAGG